AUGGCUGCAACUGCCGUGGAAGCAUCGAAAUACGCGUCCGCCGUGAAACCGAGCGAUGAAGAAGUAGUAGAAGUUGAUUCUGACAAUUCUGAAUAUUCAAUCCCAACCGUUGAUAUCUCCCUUCUCACCUCUCCCGAUCUUCAUCAACGCUCCAAAAUGCUCUCUCACCUCCGCAACGCCUGUCAGCACUGGGGUUUCUUCGUGGUGAUCAACCAUGGUGUUUCGGAAAGUUUGAUGAAUAAAAUGGUGGAAUCAUUUGAGGAUUUUUUCAAUAUGACAGAAGAGGAUAAGAAUGAGUUCCAAGACGCUAGGGAUGUGAUGCAGCCAAUAUGUUACGGAACCAAUAUUAAUUGCAAUAUAGAGGGCAAGAAACUCCUCUUUUGGAGGAAUUUUCUUAGGUUCAUUGCUCACCCUCAAUUUCAUUCACCUUACAAACCAUCUGGAUUUAGAGAAGUAGCAGAAAAGUAUAGUCGAAAAACAAGAGAACUAGCAACGGUGUUGAUAAGAGCAAUAUCUGAGACAUUAGGGUUGGAACCUAAUUGCUUAAAAAAGGCUACCAAUUUGGAUGAAGGAUUUCAAUUCUUGACAUCAAACCAGUAUCCACCUUGUCCAGACCCAGAGAGAGUAAUUGGACUCCCACCUCACACAGAUCUAGCCCUUAUGAAUAUUCUUAUGCAAAACGACGUUGGUGGUCUUCAAAUCCUACAUAAAGGAAAAUGGGUCAAUUGGAAAGCCAUGCCCAAUACCAUGAUUGUUGACAUUGGUGAUCAAAUCCAGAUCCUAAGCAAUGGGUUGUACAAGAGUGUGAAUCAUAGAGCAGUGGUGAAUAACAAAAGCACUAGAAUAUCAAUAGUGUCUGUGCAUGGACCAGGGAUGAACACAAAGAUUGACCCAAUACCGGAGCUCUUAGAAGCACAUGGUCAAACCCCUACUUAUUCAGGGAAUGAGAGUGUUGGAACUCAAGGCCAAAGAUGCAAGCUUUUGGAUUGGAAUGGUUAUGGGAAUAUUGUUUCUUAUGGAUAUUUCAUUUCAAAUGAUCCAAAAUAUUUAGUUCUUGAUGCCCUUAUUAGACCAUUUUCCAUGAAGGUUGGUGUUGAUUUUUUAAGAGAGCUUAGUGCAUUUUUGUGGAAGCCUACUUCAGGGAUAACUUGUAUUGAAGAAAGUGUUGGAAAUGUUAUGUUUGGCCAACCGACGAAGUCAUAA